UACCGGAUUGUAUGCACAUGUUAUCGGUGUAGCUCUUUUUCCAAGAUGUCACAUACAGCAUUUAUAUGCCUUGUUUCUGCCUUGAUUCUUGCUGGUGUUUGUAUCAGAUUAUCGUCAGCAACCAAGCCAACACAUCGGAUUCGACGUCAAACAUCGCUUUGGUGGAGAACUUCAUCUUCUAGUUCUUCAGGAUAUCAAGAAAAUACCUGUAUACAAAAAUGCUACAAUGGUGGGGUAUGCUACAACAUAAACAAAUGUAGAUGCACCUCACAAUACAAGGGUACGACUUGUGAAGAACCUAUUUGUAAUGCAGCAUGCAGUAUACAUGGCAACUGUAUUCUUCCGAAUGUAUGCCAGUGUAGUACUGGAUAUGAAGGCAAACUUUGUGACUCAGCUAUCUGUGUUCCUCAAUGUCAAAAUGGUGGCAACUGUUCAAUGCCGGGGGAGUGUACAUGUGACUAUGAAUAUACUGGGGGAUCAUGCGAACAAGCUAUUUGCAAGAAUGAAUGUUUGAAUGGAGGAAAAUGCACUUCACCAGAUGUUUGUAAAUGCACCAAGGGAUAUACAGGAUUUGUUUGCGAGAGUGCUAUUUGUACGAAACCCUGUUUGAAUGGAGGUUCUUGUAUUGCACCGAACAUAUGUGCAUGUGCUUCUGGGUACUUGGGAGCCUUCUGUGAACUCGGUGGGGACCCAGACUCUUUCCUGAGCCCUUCCUAUCACUUCACCAAUAAACAAACGGGUAACUUAUUGUCAUGGUAUGAGGAGGAGCCACUCUCAAUAUUUGGCAAAAGUUGUCUUGUAAAGGUUGAAAUUUUGAAUGCAGAUGUAGAAACCUUACUGACAGCAACAAGCUACACAUCAACUGGAGAACUCUUUGGAAAUUAUACGGUUGGUGGAGCCGAUCAUGGUCUGCGAAGUAGCGGAACUAAUCGGGCUGCGUGUCUUGAGUUCCGGUGUCCAUCAGACAUUCGUGAGGAUUCUGUUAUUGUCAAUGUCACCAUAGCUACAUCCCGGCAAAACUGCAAUAUUACCAAACUGUCACCUUUAUUGAAUGUCAUGGCUGGAUAUGACAGUAACGAAAACCAAGAGGUGGCAUUUCAGGUGCUACCACAUAGAGAUUAUGGAUCCAUGUAUGGUAUAUACAUCACCUAUGGACUUCGUCAAAGGAUACAGUAUAUUGGCGAAAAGAUGUGCCGAAGUGGUACAAACUACGGCGGAGAUAACGUUGUGCCAAGUGACGGAACUGCUUUAAUUUAUACUUGCAAUUAGAUGAAAAAAGGGAUUAUCAUUGCUUCCAACGUUUUUUAUUAGACGUGGACUUCAUCACAUUUUGCAUUUCUAUUUGCAUUAAUCAAGAUGUAUAUUUGCCAAGGCAAUAAACAAAACAUUAGUCUAGUAAGCAAUUCUAUAAUUGUUGAUAACAAAUAUGAAUUUCAGAUAACUGGAAUAUGGUUUACAAUU